AUGGAUUUGCUGCGCCUCCUCCUCAUCCUGCUGGCCAUGUGCUGUCCUGCGUACGGCACAUGGGACAGCUGUGGAGGGACCUGCGGGCUCCGGCCCACGGCUUUUCGGUAUGGCACGUCGCGCGUCGUGGGUGGCACAGAUGCCCAGGCAGGGGCCUGGCCCUGGAUCGUCAGCAUCCAGAAUCCCUGGCAAGCGGGCACGGGUCAUACCUGCGGAGGCUCCCUCAUCAGCGCACAGUGGGUCCUGACAGCAGCCCACUGCUUCAUCGAGGCCAGCUACAUCACCAUGUGGCGCGUGGUGAUCGGUGCCACGCGGCUGACUCAGCUGGGCCCUGAGGCCCAGGUGCGCAACAUCAAGCGGCUGCUCCUUCACCAAGGCUACAGUAACAUCACGCAGAGGAACGACAUUGCCUUGCUGGAGCUGGACCAGCCUGUGCAGUGCAACGCCUACGUUCAGCUUGCCUGUGUGCCCGAUGCCUCGCUGAGAGUCUCGCAGCUGAAAAACUGCUACAUCAGCGGCUGGGGUGCCACGACUGCAAGAUCUGGACGAUCAACGGAUGUGCUGCAGGAGGCCCAGGUCCGCCUCAUUGAUGUCAACGUCUGUAACAGCAGCCGGUGGUACAGAGGGGCCAUCCACACGCACAACGUCUGUGCUGGCUAUCCGCAGGGCGGCAUUGACACCUGCCAGGGGGACAGCGGUGGGCCUCUCGUGUGCCAAGACAGCAGUGCAGACUACUUCUGGCUUGUUGGUGUCACCAGCUGGGGGAGAGGCUGUGCCCGAGCCAGGCAGCCCGGAGUCUACACCUCCACUCAGCACUUCUACGACUGGAUCCUGCUACAGAUGGGCCUGCGCCCAGCAGUGAGGGCUACUCCAACAGCACGCGCUUGGAGUCAUUUUGUCACCACGUCAAGCCCCGUUCCGAGGCCAAGGCCCACAGCAGCGCAGUCGGGCGGCUCCUGCCCAUUUCCAGUCCAGAAGCUGCUGGACUUCUUUAGCCGGCUGCAGGAGCUCCUGCAGUACCUAAGGGGAAAAACGGUAGGCCACCACGCCCAGCCCCGUGGCAACCAGCCACUCUGUGACAUCACCCCCGGGGCCAAGGGCAUCCUGGGCAACGUGAGUUCGGGGGGCAGUAUGUUGGCGGCUGCACUCUACAUCACCAUGUGGCGCGUGGUGAUCGGUGCCACGUGGCUGACUCAGCUGGGCCCUGAGGCCCAGGCUGGACGAUCAACGGAUGUGCUGCAGGAGGCCCAGGUCCGCCUCAUGAUGUCAACGUCUGUAACAGCAGCCGGUGCAUUGGACUUCGAAGGCGCCUUUUUGGCGUUCUGA